AUGAACAAGGUGAGGCAGGUCCUCCUCGACACCGGCCGAGACCGGAGUCCAUCCGAGUCGACCUCCUCUAUGGUUUUGCCAACACUUGCUAUUAUCCUCUUCCUGGUGGCAGUGGCCGGCGCGGCUCCUCAGUACAACUAUGGUGCCCAGACUCCAGCCUUCAGUGCCCAAGUUCAAGCCCCUGGCCUAGCCUACUACAAUGCCCCAGUACAAGCCCCUGCCCCAGCCUACAAGGCUCCGAUACAAUCCCCUGCCCCGAUACAAGCCCCUGCCCCAGCUUACAAUGCCCCAGUACAAGCACCUGCCCCAGCUUACAAGGCCCCGAUACAAUCCCCUGCCCCAGCUUACAAUGCCCCGGUACAAGCACCUGCCCCAGCUUACAAUGCCCCGGUACAAGCCCCUGCCCCAGCUUACAAUGCCCCGGUACAAACACCUGCCCCAGCUUACAAUGCCCCGGUACAAGCCCCUGCCCCAGCCUACAAUGCCCAGGUACAAGCCCCUGCCCCAGCCUACAAUGCCCAGGUACAAGCCCCUGCCCCAGCAUACAAUGCCCCGGUACAAGCUCCUGCCCCAGCCUACAAUGCCCCGGUACAAGCCCCUGCCCCGGUACAAGCCCCAGCCCCAGCCUACAAUGCCCUAGUACAAGCCUCUGCCCCGGUACAAGCUCCUGCUCCAGCUUACAAUGCCCCGGUACAAGCCCCUGCCCCGGUACAAGCCCCAGCCCCAGCCUACAAUGCCCCAGUACAAGCCCCUGCCCCGGUACAAGCUCCUGCCCCAGCUUACAAUACCCCGGUACAAGCCCCUGCCCCAGCCAACAAUGCCCCGGUACAAGCACCUGCCCCAGCCUACAAUUCCCCGGUACAAGCCCCUGCCCCGGUACAUGCCCCUGUCCCAGCUUACAAUACCCCGGUACAAGCCCCUGCCCCAGCCAACAAUGCCCCGGUACAAGCACUUGCCCCGGUACAAACCCCUGCCCCAGCCUACAAGGCCCCGGUACAAACCCCUGCUACAUUCCAGCUAUCCGGAGCCAGAACCGCACCUAUCGGGAUCCUGAGGGACGAACGCCAAGGACCUGACGCCACUGGCGCCUACAGCUUCAUCUUCGAGAGUAGUGACGGCAUCAGUCGUCAGGAGCAGGGCGCCCCGCAGGGUCCUGCCGGCGCCGUGGCAUCUCAGGGAGGAUGGUCGUUCACCUUCCCCGACGGCACACCCGCGGCCUUCACCUUUGUGGCCGACGGUGCAGGUUACCGCGUGGAGUCUCCCCUGCUGCCCACGCCCCCGCCUCUCCCCGCCCACGCCAUCGCCCAGAUCGAGAAGGCUCGUCAGGAAGCCGCCGCCGCCGCUGCCGGAAGCAACAGCUAUAACCCAUAUGCCUCCGCUUCCGGUACUGCCCAAUCUAACCAGUACGCAGCUCCUGCGCCUGUCCCAGCUCCACAAAGGAACUACCUGUCGCCACAGUAA